GUCAUGAAGAACAACUCAGCAAUUAAAUUCCUAAAACAUGUCAUGUCAGUACUAUCCACAAUAGCCAAAUCAAAAUCAACAGCCAUCAAAAGCAAAACUGAGGCAAUAAAAGCUAAGUUAAUGGUCUUAUCAUUGCUCAAAUCCAAGAAACUCUCCAUAUCUGGCCUAGGAACUAAGGCCAUUUCUCACAAGAUCCAUUCACUAUUAGGCCAUAAAGAUCAAGAUCAAGAUCACAAUCACGAAGACGAAAACAAUCAGGCCAUUGUACUCUACAACCACGCCCCUGAAGUCGGAGAAGAUUAUUUACACUAUCAGCAUAACGAGGCUAACGAAGAGAUACUACUAUUAAGCAAUGGAGAAAACUACGAUUAUGAUGAUAAGUAUCCGGAUUUAACACAUUCAUUGUUCGAUGAAGAGGACGAGUACUUAGGUGAUCCAAAUGCAUCAGCUAUAGACAUGGUAAGGAAUUUCAAAGAGGAAGAAGGAGAGAACUUUGUUCUUGAAGACGAGAUCGAUAACGUUGCAGACUUGUUCAUCAAGAAGUUUCACAAAAGGAUGAGAUUACAAAAGCUUGAAUCUUUCAAGAGGUAUCAAGAAAUGCUUCAGAGAAGCACUUAAUUAUAAGUAGAUUGUUCAUUAUUAUUAAUUGCUAAUUAAAGUUUAUCUGUUAAGACCUCUGCAAUAUUAUUAUUAUUGUUGC